AUGAAUUAUUUGCUAUACACGUCUGUGUUGGUGUUCGGCGUACGAGCGUCUGCAGUGGGGUCGAACAAUAAUAAUUAUACUCUCAGGCGACACAAGGUCCACAAUAUAGUCUUGUACCCGGACAAGCAUUCGUGGUGCACGAGCACGCCCAUUAAACAAGUCAUAUCCGACGUCGAUUGCGAUCCCGUGGAGAUUGACAACCUCGUUUGCCUGGGCGCGUGUUUCAGCUAUUCCAUCCCGAGGGCCGUUCCCGCCAACAACGUCGAUGAAGUCAACUCGUAUUGCGACUCGUGCCAACCCGUAAACACGAUAUGGAUUCCUGUAAAACUGAAGUGCAGUGAUGGGUCGAAUCACACGAAACGUGUACAGCUGAUCAAAGAGUGCCGGUGCUCGUCCUGUAGCCGACACUGGGAACUGGAAAAUCCUCCGGCGGACGUCGUGGACGAGGGAACCUCCAUACAGACAUCGAGAUAUAUGCAACUGAUGAAACUUGAACAAAAUGAUAACUCCGAAAACGAAGAGUCUUCUACGGACGCGGCGUCAAGGUCGGCGGAAGACGUACUGGACGCUGUCAACUUGACUAGGCUGGCUUACGAGAAAAACAUUUGGAUCCGAGGUCCGCAUCAUUCGAAGGUGCUAUUAAGAAAAGAAAAUAUGGUCAGCGCGCCGAACGUUGGGGCCAACGACGAUAUCACAGCCAACAACGAUAUCGCAGCCAACGACGAUAUCGCAGCCAACGACGAUAUUGCCCAACAAUAUUUGGGAGAAGACGUCUCCGAUAAGAAUAAUUAA